GUAUUUUAAUAAUAGUUAUAUGAACGGUGUUUUAAUAAAACAAAACACUUUAGUUUUUACAAACAGAAACAUUUAAAAAUCAUAACUGAUAAUGUAAUUUUUAACUUGUUUGGAUUAGGACCAAUCGGAGAACAGAAUUUCCAUAGGGCUCUCUAACAAUAUAUGCGUUAUAAUAAGUGGUUUAUAUUUUUCUUCAAUUGAUAGUACUAUCUAAGUUUAAAAUUUUUGGUGAAUCAUCAAUCUACUAAUUUAAUAUUGACUGUGUCAACUGCUGCUUGUUACUUGUUACUAUACUAACUACGUGAAAUUGUGAAAAUAAAAUAUUUGCCAGUUGAGUUUAAUAUUAUCUGUUUUACAAUUAUUCACAGUAAAAUUGUUUGUUAUAAAUCUCUGUUAAUUAUUUAAAAACCAUCAAUUUAUCUUGAUAUUUCACAGGUAACUAAAAACCUAAUUUAGUAACUAAAAAUGGGCAAAGAUGAAUCAACAUCCGACGACAAUAAACAAAUCAAAAUCAAUAAGUGGGAUUAUCUUGCUUUAAAAAAUACUCUUGAUGAUGCUGUGAAGGAUGUACUCAUUAAUAAAUAUAAUCAUAUUGAAGAUUUUUCUUUGAUUGACUGUCGUUUAUUAAUAUGUACCUUUGCUGUAUUGGUCGCUGGUUUUGCACUUGCCUGGGAUUACUUUAAUCCUUUCCCAAAGUCACGUUUUGUUCUUACUAUAUGUGUUGCAUUGUAUUUUGUUACUAUGGGUGCAAUUACAUUGUACACAACACACAUGGAAAAAGGAAUAUUUGCUGUUACCAAAGAACGAGAUGAAAGUGGAUAUAACCCAGAAGUUGUAUGGGAAGCCAGUAGUUACAUUAAAAAACACACUGGCAUGUAUUGUUUAAGUAUCAUACGCAAGGAUUCAGUUAAAAAAAAUAUUAAAGAACGGGAUAUAGUUAAAUCAGUUGCAAAUUAUUUUGAUGAUGAAGGAACAUUGUGCCAGGAAGUAAUAGAAAAAGAGGUGAGCAUAAUGAGAGAUGCAAUUUUAAAACUGAAAAAAAUUGAAUAACUGAACCACCUUUUUUAUAUCUUUAUAAGACAUAAAGAAUUCUUACAAUGUAUGUUUAAUUAUAAUUUAUGUUCAAUUAAAAAUAAAUAUUUGAUUGAUUUAGCAUUGC